ACCUAUUUUAGCAUCAAAGUUUUGUAUUCCUUCUGUAAAAAAAAAAAAAAAGGUAAACUCACGUUUGAGUGUGAUCCACUGUCUUAAAAUAAGUGAUCAAGUCAGGAGAACAAUACAUAAGAAAUUAAACAGCUUUUUUUCAUGGGACUUACCUUUUGAUUACAGUUUUGUUUUUGAUCUUGUGUCAUCCAGCUCUGAUGUUCAGUUCCUUGUACUGCAUGCCCUGUUCUGUUUAGCCUGCAUAAUAUACUGGAACAGGAAGCUCUGGUUAGUACCUAACCAUUCAACUGAAAUGUUCACAUCUACUGAAUAAAGAACAACGGAGGCUGCAAUAAUGGAUUAUCUGUUGCUGGUUAUGAUUCUUUUCAGGUUACACAAAGGUGCAACAUUGAUAGCAGACACAACUGUAAAGAUGGAGCAAAACCUAACACUGAAAUGCGAGUGUCCUUGGUCAGGUAAUCUGAGCCAGAUUAACUGGGAAAGAAAGUCAGGCUCUAAAAAAGAACUGGUUGCUGUUUACCAUAAACAACAUGGCUUGAAAUUAUUCAACAAAUACGAAAGAAGAAUUGUGUUCCUCAAUUCAUCGUCAAUGGAUGGGAGCAUCACUAUCAUAAAUGCCUCAGCUGAAGAUCUAGGUCUUUAUCAAUGCUCCAUACAAACAUUUCCAAAAGGAUCAUGGACAAAACUUCUCCUGGUGGAGAAUUCAGAUGGAUUUGGUAACAGAAAGCCUGAUUCUGAGGAGAUAGUACAGAAAGGUCAUCAUUUCAUGCUAAGAUGCCACUAUGUUCUGAAUGGAACUGUUUACCACGUGACCUUUGAAAGGAUUAGAGAGAAACAUAAAGACACUAUAGCUUUCUGCAGUUUCUCUGAUGGAAAAAUCAUUGGAUCCGAUUAUAAAGAGCGGACACUGGUAAACUGCAGCAGAGCACGAAGUAUCAACCUGCUGUUGAUGAAUAUAACUUUAAACGAUGAAGGGCUUUACCAGUGUCACUUCAGCACUGACCAGGGAAAUCACACGACAACUAUAUCUUUGAGUGUGAGAAAAGAAAUAAAUGAGUUUAUGAAAAUAAUACUCAUCUAUGUUGGAGCUGGAGCUGGUGGGCUGGUUGUUUUAGCAGUGAUCAUCAUCGCUACAGUGGUGGUGUGUCAGAAAAGGAGACGAAGGAAAAGAAUGAGAAAUAGAGCCAAGCUAGAUGUUCCAAAAAGACGGCACAUAAACAACUACGAACAUGCAGCUGUCUAUGACAGAAUGACAAAACCCCCAAGAUGUCAAAACAAAGAGGACGUUUAUGUAAAUUUUCAGAAACCUCCACGUCGGACAAAGAAGAAAACAUGAGUUUGCUGACUGUGUGACUUUUUACCCACAGUGUAUAAAACACACCCAUCAUGCCUCUUUGCGAUUUGAACUGACUAGUGGAUUGCUUUCAUUCGUAAGAGGUUUUGUAUGUUUAUUUGUAGACAAAACAUUCCCCAAACCAUAUUAAGAGAAAGCAAGAAAUCUGCUAACCUGGCAUAAGUCAGCAGGAUGUAGUAAAACAACAAUACAGUACUUAAGAAAACACAUGUUAAACAGCAUUUGAGAUGAUUAGUCUGUAUUUACCCUUGUACAUUUUACCAGUUCACCAUUGUACAUUUCCACACUAAUUCUGCAGUUUCCCCAUGCUUUUCCAAUGGUUACACUAUCCAUUUAUCAUAGUCUACUAUAGUUUGCCUUGUUUCUUAAUAUGUUAUACCAUACCUGUCUGGGCUUUACAAUUUUUACCUAAGCUUUCUUUCUUAUACUUUUCUAUUUUAAUAUUAGAAACUUUUAUAAUGGAAAGAUGAAAACAAAUCCACUUGUAGAUUUCAGUUUUUAUUUACUGUUGCUUGGACAAGAUAAAAGGGGUAUCCAGUGUGGUCCAGUCAAUGGGCAUCCAACUCUGAGACAAAGUCUUAAAGAUAGUGUUCUACUGAUAUGUAUAACUCACUUAUACUGAGAAUAUCUGUAAAUUGUUACAACAUUGGAUCACACAUAUAUUUUGUAUCUUGAAUAUUAAUAAUAUAAAUGAUAUCUUUAUUUUUUAUAUAGCACCUUUCAUAGUGGACCACCGUCAC